UCCCACUGCAUAGCAGUCCCCCGCCUGCCGAGUCCGAAUAUUAAGGUUCCUAUGGUUUAUUUAAACAUUUUGAGUGUUUUCAUGAGUUACACAGGCACUGUUGUGUUUGUUUACGAUUGUUUAAUUUUUAUUUAUGAAGUCUGAACACCUGCCAAGAGUGAAAAGUACUCGUGUUUGAGUGUAUAAUUCUGUUUCUGGGGAAGAUGUAAGUAAUGCACCAAAAUACAAAAAGGCCGAGUUCCAAUGAGCUACAUGUUGUCUAUAUAUGUGCACUAUUAAGGGUAUGAAAGCAGCGGAAUUUACACCCUACAUAGUGCACAAUGUUGUAUUUGGGAUUGAGCCGAGCUAAACUGAGAAAAUGCGAGUUUGUAGACCGGAUGAAGAGCUGGAUAAGGUGCAAGAAGUGGAUUUCUGUAUGGAAUGUCAGGAAAGAGUCGAAGUGUCCGUCUACACAGAUGUGGAUAAGGAGCUUUUCUUAAAGGAGAUCUACCCUCUGAGAAAACCGGCGGUGCUCAGGGGAGUGCCUUUAGGACCAUGCCUGGAAAAAUGGACAGUGGAUUACCUGGCAGCAAAGGGAGGUGACCGGGAGGUGAAAGUUCAUGUGUCUUCUGUUCCUCAGAUGGACUUUCUGCAUAAGAAUUUCAUAUACAGGACAUUACCGUUUGACAAGUUUGUCCAGAGAGCUGCAGCAGAAGCAGAGCACGAAGAGUUCUUCAUUAGUAAGGAUGAGAGUUACUACUUAAGAUCACUCGGAGAAGACGCUCGUAAGGAGCCUGCUGACCUGAGGAAGCAGUUCCCUGACCUGGCGCAAGACUUCCAUAUACCUCCGUAUUUUGAGCGUGAGCAGUUUUUCUCCAGUGUUUUCCGCAUCAGUUCACCUGGCUUGCAGCUUUGGACACACUAUGAUGUAAUGGACAACCUGUUGGCUCAGGUGACUGGGAGAAAGCGUGUCGUUCUCUACAGCCCCCACGAUGCCCUACACCUCUACUUGUCAGGUGAUAAGUCUGAAGUUUUGGAUGUAGACACUCCAGAUUUGGAGCGAUAUCCAGAUUUUGUGAAAGCGUGUCGAUACGAGUGCAUUUUAGAACCAGGUGACAUGCUCCUCAUCCCAGCCCUUUGGUUUCACAACACGUUGGCUCUUCAGUUCGGCAUUGGAGUCAAUGUGUUCUGGCGCCACCUGCCCCUGGACAGCUACGAUAAGAAGGACCCGUACGGGAACAAGGACCCGGUGGCAGCGGCGCGAGCCCUGCAGGUCCUGGAACGGGCGCUGGGAGCACUGGAUGAGCUGCCAGCUGAAUACCGGGACUUUUACGCUCGCCGCAUGGUGCUGCGUAUUCAAAACCGGGCGUACUCCAGUGAAACAUAACACAAGAGUGCAGCUGCGUUCUCUCACUUACAGUAAUGUACCAGAGGAAAAAUAAAGACAGAGACUACAGUUGGUGAUCAUGA